AUGCCGUCGACGUUUGCGCCGCCUCCUUCGUCGGAGGAGGUUCCGUACAACGCUGAACCAUCAUCAUCGUCUCAACAACAACACCAUCAUAAUCAGAGAUCGUCUUUGGACGGUGGGAGUGGCCGGUACCAGCCUCCUCCGCCCUCGCAGAAUUUCCAACACCACCACCAACCGUCGUCAACAUCAUCAUCGUUUCAACAAAAUCAACCUUCUUCGAGCGCGGGCGGCGGUUUUGGCGGCGGAUGGGCGGCGUUGUUCACUCGGACGAAGAGUUUCGGGAACGUGCAAAACACGACGUCGUCGUCUGGGGCAGCCUCCUCUGGAAAUCGCGGGUUUCGAGGGAAAGUGUCCUGGUCCGGCGGUUUCCCGGACGAACCUCCGCUUUUGGAGGAGUUGGGGGUUGACUUUGCGCAAAUCGCGCGGCGAGCGAAGAGCGCGAUGAAUCCGCUGCCGAUGCGAAAGAAACACACGCGGGAGACGUCGAAGGAUGACGAUUUAGCCGGGCCUUUGGUGGUGUUUGGGUUGAUUGCUACUUUGCACGCGCUUCAAGGGAAGGGGCAUUACGGGUAUAUUUUAGGGUGGUCGGCGAUUGCGAGCGGUUUGACGUGUUGGUUGUUGAAUCAGUUAACUGCGCAGAAUAACAACGACGCCGGGGAAAAUUUGAGUUUGAGUCGAACGGCGUCGGUGAUUGGGUAUAACGCGACGUCGAUUUUAUUUUUGAGCGUGGUGAAAGCGUUCGUACAUAGUGAAGGUAGUAGUAAUGGUAGUAAAAGUAGUAGUGGCGGUGGUAGUUUUUCCGGAACGACAAACUCCGUCGAGUAA